CAUGGCCUCGUUUUGAAUUAUUUCGGCCCCCAGGAUCUACAAUAAAGCAGUAUACAGGUGCACGAUGGACUGUUGUUCGCACACCUCGUGCACUACGCCCAAUUGACUCGUUCUGAGCCUUGUCCAUCUCACAGCCGUGCGCCUACUUGCGGCCGUUUCUACAGAUUUACCGACUGCCUGCCCGACAAAGGGUGAAGCUCACCUCGGCUCAGAAAAAUUAGAUUUCGCCGACAUUGUGACCGUGACUGCGCUCGGAAUAUCUUUCAAUCAACUAGCAAGAUGCGAGAUUAUUUCGCAUCUGCUCGUUCCAAGGACGAGGCCCCCAAGCUUACAGCAUCCGUCCACUCCAUCUCCGGAAGUCAGCUCUCAAGCAAUGAGCCAAGAUCUGAAAACGAAUCGGUGGAAAGGACAGAAAAUGAGAAGAAGAAAGGACUUAUCUCACGAAUCUUUGCGCGACCUUUCACCAGACGACGGAUUAUCAUCCUCAGCGCUCUCGGGUUUUUACUCGUGGCGAUCGUGGUUCUCGUCAUCACCCUCCCAAUUGUCUUGAUCAGAGCCCGUAAACAUAAGGACCCGGGUGAUGUGUACCAUCUCUACUCUACCAAGAACGAGGAUCCCAGUUACCGCGUCCUGGAAAAUAAGCCCGUCUAUGCAAUUCACAAUUUCCCCGAUCCGGGCCUUCUCAACCAUAACGGCACCUGGUAUGCCUUUGGAACUAACCCACACAAGCAUGACCCGCAGUCGAUUCAUAUUCCCGUUGCGACUUCGACCGACUUUGUGAAUUGGACUCUUCACGAGGGCUAUGAUGCGAUGCCAACGAUCGGAGACUGGGAGGUCGCGCAAAAUCACUGGGCACCGGAUGUGAUUGAGCGGAAUGAUAGAAAAUUCGUUCUCUACUACGCAGGUCAAACCAACAAUUUCAACAAGCACCACUGCAUCGGCGCGGCGGUCUCGAACGGCACAGAUCCACUGGGACCCUAUAUCCCUCUCAAUGAUUCCCUGGCCUGUCCUCACAAGUAUGGCGGCGCCAUUGAUCCCUCGCCAUUCAGAGAUGCCGACGGCAAGCUCUACGUGGUCUAUAAAGGCGACGGAAACAGUGUGGGCAGUGGUGGAUGGUGCGGCAACAGCAUCAAGCCACUGCGCCCAGUCCCCCUUAUCCUCCAAGAGCUAGAAAGCGACGGCAUUACCACAGUCGGCGAGCCCGAGAUAAUUCUCAACAUCAACGACACCGACGGUCCGCUCAUCGAAGCUCCCAAUAUUAUUCGGCAAGAUGACGGCACCUACUAUCUUUUUUUCUCGUCACAUUGCUUUACCUCGCUCGGGUACAACGUCAAGUAUGCCCACGCAAAGUCGGUCAAGGGUCCGUAUACCCGCGUCGACCGUCCAUUGUUACAGACCAAUGACUUUGGGCUCAGGGCCCCGGGUGGUGCGACCCUGUCGCAUGAUGGCACCAAGAUUGUCUUCCAUGCCAACUGUGAUGGUCACCGGUGCAUGUAUGCCGGUGGCGUCGAUAUCCGAUCUACUAACAAUACGAUCAUCUUGGCGGCACUUGAAAUCGUCAGUACUGUCUCAUCGAACUCUACGAAUACUACCACCACAACCAACACCACCUCCAUUGCCGACAGCUCACAAUAAGCUGGCCAGGCUCAGAGCCGCCGUACACUAGAACUGGCGCAAACCGACAGUUUCCUUCCCUUCGUGAGAAUUUGCAUUGCAUCCUAGCGUUUUGAGCUUUAUGAGCUUUACUUGAUUUGUUUCCGUUCGUUGGACCAAUUGAUACCCGUGCGAGAGUUUAUAGACACACCACUGAGGAUGGAGAGGCGUUUUUGCAUGAUUUGAAUAGAGAGCAUCAUUUUGAUAAAAUCCAUACCCAUAACUC